AUGGAGCACCCUUUGGACAAGCACAUGGCUAUCGACAAGCCGGCGGCGGCAGCAGCAGAGGCGCCGGAGAGGUUUUUUGAGGUGCAGUCGCCGGCGAGCUUCGCGGCGCGCAUGUGGGCGCGCAAGUACAGCGGGGUGCCGGUGGUGCCGGACGGCGACGUGAUCCUCGUCGUCGGGGUCGGUGAGGAGACGGCGGAGCUGCGCGCGGACUCGGUCAUCCUUAGGCGGGCGUCACGGGUUUUUGGGGCGAUGCUGGGGCCGCGCUUCUCCGAAGGCCAGAAGCUGCUGGACCGCGGGUCGGACCCGGUCAAGAUCAGCCUCCCCGACGAGGACCCCGAAGUGAUGGAGCUCGUCCUCACCAUCCUGCACCAUCAGAACGCGCGCGUGUGCCAGAUCGCGGCGGCGGACUCGAUCCUAGAGGUGGCCGUCAUCGCUGACAAGUAUGACCUCGUCGAUGCGCUAAAGUACGCGUCGCAGACCAUGCUGCGCUACCACGAGCCGUCGAUUGACCGUCUGACGGUCGGGGACCUGUGGCGGCUGGGCCUGGCGGCGGGGCUGCUCAACGAGGCCAGGUCGUUUGAGAAGAUCACGCGCAUGCUAGUGUGGAACCACACGAUGCCGUACAUCCAGCUGGCGGACGCCGAGGACGUCAUCGACAUCGAGUUUGCGCUGCGCAUGUGCUACCUCCUCGAAAAGGAGAGACAGGACCUCAAGGCGUCCCUGCUGCUGCACCUGCUGCCCAUCAUCUCGACUGGCAGUCAGCUCCGCCUCGUCGAGAUCAAGGUCGACUCGGCGGAGCACUUCGACGCGUGGCCGGAGCUGAUGAAGCUAUUCGGAGCGAGCCUGCAGGAGACGACAAAGUUCGCCGAGGGACUGGUCUUGGCGGACAGUAGACGCCGUGCGGCGGGACCCGGGUCGGACUUUAUGAGGCACUUCAAGGCCCGCGGCGGCAUACGCCUGGCGGAUGUGCGGAGGGGACGAGACUGA